GUUGCAUCUCACUCUUUCCGAACCAACGAAGCUAUUCUUUUCUUUCUCGUUCUCUCUUCAAAUUCUCUUCGCCGAAGCAAUCUCUCCAGUGAUAUCGUGUCUCCAUUCGCGUUUCUUCAAUCCAAUCUCCAGCUUCUCCGAAACCCUAGGAGAAAGUAUCUAUGAGAAAUGCUUGGUAAGAUGGCAAUGGUGUCUCUUCCGUGUUCCAAUUCUUGCACUUUAUAUGUUCAGUCCAACCACUUCAAGCAAAGAUUGUCUUGUUCUACAAUAUGCAAGAUUUUUCAUUCAUCAUCUUUUAGUUCUGAGUCAUCUGAAGCAUCAGAAGCUUCUUUGAGUGUUUCGCAUUCCAAGCAAAAAGGAAGUUUUUAUCCGUUUACCAUGGCCACUUCACUAAGCUCAAUGGGACGGCAGUUGCGUCAUGGACUGUCUAGGCGUCGCAGCUUGAGCUUGAAGUUUUCUGUGCCAACACAAGACAAAGCUUCUAAACAGCGUUGGAACACAAGGUUUGCAUCCUGGGCAUUAGGAACUGCUUCAGUUGGAAUGUGUUUGAGCUUUUCGACAUCUAGCCCUGUAUGUGCUGAAUCUCCUAGUGAAAUUGAUGAUGAAAAUAAUGGAGAAAGUAAAUCAUCCUCUAUCACUUCUCAUGGAAAGAAGGUUUAUACUGAUUAUUCCAUUACAGGCAUACCAGGAGAUGGGAGAUGCUUGUUCCGCUCUAUAGUACAUGGUGCAUGCCUCCGAUCUGGUACAAAAUUGGUCAAUGAGAGUGAUCAGAGGAAACUAGCAGAUGAAUUGAGGGCUCAGGUUGCUGAUGAACUUGUUCACAGGCGUGCAGAAAGUGAAUGGUUUAUUGAGGGUAAUUUUGAUACAUAUGUUGCCCAGAUUAGAAGGCCGCAUGUAUGGGGAGGGGAACCAGAGCUGAUAAUGGCUUCACAUGUUCUCCAGGUGCCUAUCACAGUUUAUAUGCUUAACGAAGAAGCUGGUGGUUUGAUUUCAAUUGCUGAAUACGGUCAAGAAUAUGGGAAGGAGAAUCCAAUUCGAGUUCUUUAUCAUGGAUAUGGGCAUUAUGACUCAUUACAAAUUCCUGCUAAAAAAGCUGCUUCACCAAAGAAUAUAGCCUCUCGUAUGUGAAGGAGACGGUGCAGAUGGGCUUCUGAAGACUUUCAAUGGCAAAGUGCAGAGUACUACAUUCAGUAUACAACAUUGUAACAUUACUGCAACCGGCGCACGAAGUGAAAUACGAGUAAAAACACUAAUUCUCAGGUGUUGUAUCUCCAACUCUCGUCGCUUUUCUCCUAACUCAGCGUACAUACGAUCAAUACGGAAUUUGAAGAAUAACUUGUUUAGCGGAUAAUGAAACAUCAACUCUCUUUCUCUUUCGCUUAUAUUGAUAGAUCAAAACAAAAUUAUCGCUUGAA